AUGAAAUUCCUACAGUGGUUGGGAUCUUUAGUGCAUUUGGCCUUGUCUUCUCUGUCUCCCUUUUUGCUUGGAUCUGCUGUCAACGUAAAUCUUCCAAAUCCAAUAAGACCCCUCCAUAUAAGUUUGUCCAUGUGCUGAAGGGGGUUGAUAUUUACCCUGAGAAUCUCAACAGUAAGAAGAAGUUUGGAGCAGAUGAUAAAAAUGAAGCAAAGAACAAAUCAGCGAUGCCAAAGAAUUCUCUCCAUCUUGACCUGGAGAAGAGAGAUCUAAAUGGCAACUUCCCCAAAACAACCCCUAAAAUCCAGAGCUCUCCAGAUCCUGAAAAUUUGUCUCCUAAGCACUUUGUAGAAAGGAAGAAAGAUUCAGUAUCCCCUGAUAGUUUAAAAUCUAUCACUUCCCUAUCAUCUGAAGAUAAACAAGACAAGCUAGGAACUCUCUAUUUCUCCUUAGAGUACAACUUUGAGAAAAAGGCAUUUGUAGUGAACAUCAAAGAAGCACGUGGGUUGCCAGCAAUGGAUGAACAGUCAAUGACUUCUGAUCCCUACAUCAAAAUGACAAUCCUGCCUGAGAAAAAGCACAAGGUGAAAACCAGAGUGCUGAGAAAAACCUUAGAUCCAGCUUUCGAUGAGACCUUCACAUUUUAUGGGAUCCCCUAUAGCCAGAUUCAAGAUUUAACACUUCACUUUAUAAUCUUGAGCUUUGACAGGUUUUCCAGAGAUGAUGUCAUUGGAGAAGUCCUCAUUCCCCUCGCAGGAAUUGAAUUGUCAGAAGGAAGGCUGCUAAUGGACAGAGAGAUCAUCAAAAGAAAUGUUAGGAAAUCAUCUGGGCGUGGAGAAUUACUGGUCUCUCUCUGUUAUCAGUCUACAACAAACACACUCACUGUGGUUGUUUUAAAAGCCAGGCAUCUACCUAAAUCAGAUGUGUCAGGAUUAUCAGACCCUUAUGUCAAAGUGAACCUGUACCAUGCUAAGAAGAGAAUUUCUAAAAAGAAAACCCAUGUGAAGAAAUGCACCCCCAAUGCAGUGUUCAAUGAAUUGUUUGUCUUUGACAUUCCUUGUGAGGGCCUUGAUGAUAUCAGCAUUGAAUUUUUGGUUUUAGAUUCAGAUAGGGGGUCAAGGAAUGAAGUCAUUGGCCGGUUAACCUUGGGAUCUUCAGCAGAAGGAACAGGUGGAGAGCACUGGAAAGAAAUUUGUGAAUAUCCUAGGAGACAAAUUGCCAAAUGGCAUAUGUUGUGUGAUGGUUAGCAGCUUAGAGGGGGUUGGAACUUGAAAAACUAUAUGUAUUUCCAUAGGCAAGGAGCAGUUUUCUUUCUUUGCUAUAUAUAAUUACAGGCUUGUAACUACAAGACUUUUUUGGGGGGUGGGGGAAUAAAAACUGGAUUGAAUUAUCAGAACAGAAGGUAACUAAAUUUUCACAGUAAAUAAAGGAAUUUCUAUUUCACUAGACUUUAACAUAAUUGAAUUGGAUUCAUAGUCUUCUGAAGUUUAAAUAACCUGAAACUUCUGAAGCACUAUAAACUUCAAUAAGAACAGACUAUGUUUUAUGAAAAAGUGACUGGAAACCUUAUUAGUACUGUUAUAUAGAUAGAGAUAACCUCAUUAAAAUAUAUC